AUGGCUUGCACUACAAAGACUGCAAGGGAACUCGUUCAAGAGCGCCUCCCUGGCCUGAAUAUAGGCCCCGAAAAGACUACUAAUCACGCAUUACACGACGUUGUCUUUUCAGGAAUUCUCAGUCCAUGGCCGAACUUUUAUAAGGAUGUCGAGGCCACCUUCAUCAACCACAAUUGGGCUGGAGGGGCAAUAUGUGCAGUGGAGAACGGACCUUCCCCCCAUAGCGUGUCCCACGAGCAUGUUCGAAUUGGCGAUGAGCACGGGACGCAAGGUCGUGUUAAUAAAUUAGUCGGACAAGCUAUGGGGGCUAUAUUCAGAUCGCAGAAUAUGGGCAUCAGCCUUGGAGAUUACAAGUCCUGCACCGGCACCCCAACCAACUACAGAAAAUUGCCGGAUAGCAUGCUGCGCAACGGCGCCGGAGCUCCCUACGCAGUAGGGGAGAUAAAGACUCCCUGGAUCCCCCGCCAUGAUAUCAAGCAGGCUUACCUUGACGAGAGAGAAUUUCGCCAAAUACUUGGGCAAGCGGCCCUCUAUAUGAGGGACUGCAAAAUGCGACAUCGGUACCUAAUUUGUCAUGAUACCAUGUAUAAUAAUGGACAGCCGAGUCUCAGGCAAUGUUUUUUUCACUUGGGUCUUGAAGCCCAGCAAGGGAGUAUCCAUGUGACGAGAACAUCGAGGAGGAAGGGUUGGGUUGUGAACAAGCGUGGAGAUAGAUUAUAUCAAAAUGAUCGAUCUAGUUCUCUGAGAAUCGUACACUAUGUUGCGAAUUUAUUGUAA